UCACAAUCUCUCGUGCACUUUUUCUGCUACUCGAAAUCAUCAAAAUUAUAUUCAAUCAAAAACAGUAAUCCCAAUUCCUUCAAUUUUGAAAUCACAGCAAUCAAUGAAUCAAGAGCAGCCUCCUCCUCCUCCUCCUCCUCAGGCGAUGGACGAAAGGGAUUGGAGUGAGCUGAUUCCGGGUCUACCGGAAGAAAUCGGGCUGGAGUGCCUGACCCGGAUGCACUACUCGGGGCACCGGAUGGCUUCCCGCGUGUGCAGACGGUGGCGGCACCUCUUCCAGAGCAAGGAUUUCUACUACCACAGGAAGCAGACGGGGUUCACCCACAAGGCGGCGUGCUUGGUGCAGGCCCUCCCGGCGCAAUCGGGGUCCAAACCGACGGGCCAGGCCCGGUACGGGAUAUCGCUAUUCGACCCGGCGACGCAGGGGUGGGACCGGGUGGAGGCGGUGCCCAAGUACCCGGAGGGGUUGCCGAUGUUCUGCCAGCUGGCGAGCACGGAGGGGAAGCUGGUCCUGAUGGGCGGGUGGGACCCGUCGAGGUGGGAGCCCGUGAGGGACGUGUUCGUCUACGAGUUCACGACUCGGAGGUGGACUCAGUGCGCCGACAUGCCCUCAACUCGGUCGUUCUUCGCGAUGGGGGCGGCGGAGGGGAAGGUGUUUGUGGCGGGGGGCCACGACGAGAGCAAGAACGCGCUGCGGUCGGCGUGGGCGUUGGAUGUGAAGGAGGGGGCGUGGUCGGAGUUGAGCGGGAUGAGCGAGGAGAGAGACGAGUGCGAGGGGGUGGUGGUGGGGUCGGAGUUCUGGGUGGUGAGCGGGUACGGGACGGAGACGCAGGGGGUGUUCAAGAGCAGCGCGGAGGUGUAUGAUAUGAGGAAGGGGGAGUGGAGGCGGGUGGAGGGGGCGUGGCCGGUCAGCCGCUGCCCGAGGUCGUGUGUGGGGACGGGGGGGAAUUCGCUCAUCUGCUGGGCGGAGGCGGAGGUGCCGGUGCCGGUGCAGGUGGGGGUGGACCUUGGGGACUGGACGCUGGUGGCAGGGGCGGCCUAUCAGGGGGCGCCGCACGGAUUCUAUGUCAGGGAGAAAGGGCAAGGGCAAAAGGGUAAAUUCACUAAGGUGAGUGUGUGCGAUGACUACUCUGGGUAUGUGCAAUCUGGGUGCUGCGUUGAAGUUUAGUAAAAUUAAUUAAUCAAAGUCAGGUGUGGUGACUUUGAUCUGCAACUGCAAGCGAUGUGAUUUUGAAUUUUGAAUGUGUAUACAAAAUCAAUACUCCUACUACUCAUCCUUUUACCUAUCACCGUCUUUUUUGGGGUUUUAGCUUAUCCCUUCUCCUAUGUUAAAAAAGGUUUGGCAGCUGCGGCAUCAUCAUUUAUUAGCAUGGCCCCAGCUCUUGACUUUUUCACCUUUAUUUUCAUGCGUGUUUAGCAUUCAAAUUCUCCUUUA